AUGCAAAAUCGCCUCGUUGUUGUUCUUUGCAAUCUAAAACCUGCUAAAAUGCGAGGAGUCGAGUCUAAAGCCAUGGUGAUGUGUGCAUCUUCUCCUGAAAAGGUUGAAAUAAUGGAAGUUGAUCAAUCGUCGAAACCUGGCACGCCCGUACUUUGUCCGCCAUAUGUACAUAGACCAGACGCGCAGCUGAACCCGAAAAAGAAGAUCUGGGAAACUGUAGCAGAAGAUCUGAAAGUCAGCCCCGACGGUUAUGCUGUUUGGAAAGACUGCCCUCUCCUUGUUGGUGGCACAACGAAAAUGACCGCUCCGACAUUGCGUGGUGUUGCGAUUAAAUAA